GGGUGCACAAUGUUUAGUGCAACUCAGAGUUCCAAGUCUGAGUUCCUGGACAAAGCCAGGCAGGCGCGUGAGGAGAGGAAGGGGUACAAAGAAAGGGACCGAGCAGCCACCCUAAUUCAAGCGCUGGUCAGGAGAUUCCUCUGUCGCUGCAGACUCCAGAAACAAAUAAGGUUUGCUUUACAAGCAAUGCUUGCCGUUAUGCAUGUUCCGGAGACAUUUGAAACCCCACCUCUUUAAGGAAUACCUGGGAUAGGAUAAAGUAAUCCUUCUACCCCCCCCUCUGGAUAAGAGCGUCUGCUAAAUGACGUAAAUGUAAAUGCAUUAGUAGACAUAAUCUUUCUUGAGACUAGUUUGUGAAUAAACCUUUGAAGUAAUGUGUGAAUUCUCUUUUUCUUACUAGGAAAGAAGUUGAUGACUUUUUCCAAGAUGCCGGGACCACAAAAAGAAACGCACUAUCCAUUUUUAAAAUUGCACGGAAGUUGUUAUUCAUUUUUUGCCAAGAUGAUAAGCUGGUAAGUUCUUUAACACCUACGCUUUACCCUCACUGAUUUGAAUGUAUGUUUUGUACAUUGUUAUUAAUCGUCUUUUACUGGAUGAUGUUUCUUAUUUAUUUACUAAUUGAAAGGCAUAUGAAUGAUUACAUAUCAAUAUAGUACUUGAGAUUUAGUGCAGAUUGCUUAGUGUACAUAUAACUAACAAGUUAUGAUGCUUUUAACUACAGAUGUUUGAGAAGCUUUGUCGCUCCAUUCUUGGCAGUAUGGAGGUUGAAAAUGAGCCCAAAGUGAGUAUGAUUAUAAUUAAGGAAUCAUCAGUGAGAACAGAUUUUUAAUUAACUCAGUGUGAUUGACUCUGACUUGAUAUAUAGUAAUUUAUUGUGUUCUUUGUUAUCAGGUUUGGUAUGUGUCAUUAGCCCUUUCUAAAGACCUCACCAUUCCUUGGAUCAAGCAGAUUAAAGAUGUUCUGUGGGUCUCCUGUCAGUUCCUGAAAAAAUUAAAGGUAAAUCUGAAUGCUCUGAUAAUAACCUUCUUUAAGAUAACAGGUGUAUCAUUUUAAAUAUUGAAAUGUUAUAAUUGUAUCUUUACCCCCCACCUUCCUUCUUUCUCUUGUAGCCUGACAUCAUGCAGGACAAUAAGCUGGUGACUCUGUACCUCACCAUGCUGGUGACCUUCACAGACACAUCAACCUGGAAGAUAGUGAGAGGGAAAGGUCGGUCUCAGGUCAAACCACUGCAGCAGUGCACACACAUCCUCUAUAUAAGUGUCUUGAUGUUGAAAGGAAAAUACAUAAAGUGUAAUCCUCCCCCCAAAAAUCUCCCUCUGUGGUAGGCGAGGCCCUCAGACCAGCGUUGACCCGGAUCUGUGAGAACAUCAUGGGGCAUCUCAAUCAAAAGGGAUUUUAUUCAAUACUGCAGGUACUGUGACACAUACGACAUCUUCCAUCUUUUCACCAGGGCUUUCAGAACGAUUAUUAUGACGUUGCUGACGUUUAUUGGUGGUUUCUGCAAUUUUGAAUUCACUUGUAGAUUCUACUCACCAACGGAUUGGCACGCUCCAGGCCCUCUCUUACCAAGGGCACACUCACAGCAGUAUUCACUUUGGCAUUAAGGUGAGUGGCCACUGGAAGCUCUCUCAUUCCCAUUCGACCACCACGGAUCAAUUGUCUCUGUAUCACUAGAGCCUGGGGCAGUUCUAUUGUAGUAGAUACCUACGGUUCUGCUUGCUCACGUUUCCCUCUGUAACUGGGUUUGUUGUAGAAAAAAUCUAAUAAAAUUGUGUCUUAGCUUAAUGGAAUAUGAAGUCCUAUCUUAUCAAAGUGUAUGAUCUGCUUGGUUACCUCUUUAGAAUGCUUGGAGCUGAAGAAGCCUUGGGAUCCAUUAGUGUAACUUGUCUUUAUUUUACAGACCUGUCAUUGCUGCUCACUUCUCUGACAACCUGCUGAGGUCUCUCCUCAUCCACAUCAUGUCUGUCCCAGCAGUCGUCUCCCACAUCUACACCAUCACCCCAGAGGUAAACGCUAAACACUCAAAAUGAAGAAAUUACAGCCUAUUCUCUACCUAGUGCACUAUCUAGGGUAUAGGGUGCCAUUUCAGACACACCCUAGGUCUUUAUUGUAUAGACAUAUAUAACAGCUUGUACAAUGACAAGGCCUCUGAGUGUGUCCUUGUCUCUGUGCAGUGCAUGACCACCAUCCAGACCCACGACCUGUUGAGGAAGUUCAUCCUGUUCCUUAGCCGCGAGGAGCAGUGUGUCGACAUCUGUGUCUGCCUGGAGGGGAGCCACACACUGUGCUUACUGGGUAGGGCUGUUUAAACUGACUCGCAUAUCUAUUCUAUGGCAAUAUUUUUUUUUAUUCUUUACUAUAGACUACUGUGAGUGUUCAUGUUUGAGUUGCCUUUUUUUGUCUCACUCUUUCUUGUCUUUCUCUGUGCGGUGCUGUGGGAAGCAUACUGAAUCAGUUAUUUGGGGUUGCUGCUCUGCGUGGCCUCUGUUUCAUCCUGUUGUACUGUAGGUAACCUGAUUCACCUGGGCUACCUCAACGAGAAAGUACUGGAGGAGGAGGCCAACCACUUUGUGAAGGACCUGACGGACAUGCUGUCCUACUGCCAGAGAUACGUGUCCCAGAAGAAAUCUAACCUCACCCACUGGCACCCCGUCCUGGGCUGGUUCUCCCAAACCGUAGACUAUGGGUCAGUGAGACAUCCUCAUAGCCUGAUCCCAGAUCGGUUUGUGCUCUCUUGCCGACUCUUAUGGUUGUUGUCAUCCCAAAAUCAUGACAAUGACCAUAGGAGCAAAACAGCACAAACCGAAAUGGGAUCUCAACUAGGGCUGUUAAGGUAACCGCAUUACCGCCACACCGGCGGUCAUGACCGCAGUCAAAUUCCACGUGACCGUUUAGUCACAGUAAUUAGUCUUCUCCAAGCUCUGAUGCUGCUGAUGGUCAUUAGUAGCCUACCAAACUUGCUAACUGCCUGGUACUCAGCACUCUAUUGUCCCUCUAAUCACUCUGACAUCAAUGCAAAUGUCAUCAAAAAUCUAAUCAAACACUUCAUGAGAGCUCAUGUUGCGCAACAUUUCUAUAGGCUAUGCAAUUGAGAAAACAGAGUUUUCAUGGCCUCUAUUAAAAAGAGGAGGAUCCCAUCAGCUUUCUAUAGCCUUACAAUAUUCAUUUCUCAACUUUCCUAAUAUUAAGCACAUUGCUUCUCUUUACAACAGGAGUAUAGCCAACCUGGCUGGCAUGAAAAUGAACCACGGGAAAAGUGUCCUCCAUUCGCUAUUUAAGUGCAUAUAUGUAUUUUUUUCCCAUGCCCCUGUUUCGAGACAGGUGCAUGAUAAUGGUCCAUUCUAAAUCAAAACAAAUUUCACACAUAUAUAUUAUUUAGUAUAUGUAAAGACAAGAUUAAAUCAAGAAUAGUCUGAUGGGUGACAAUAUUAGCCUAUCACUUGUGAAUAAUGCCCUGCUUGUGUGCAGUAAGGCAAGAAACAGCACAUACCUUUUUUAACGACUUUUUCAAAUCAUAGUCGCACACCUCAUGUAGCCUAGCCCAUAGGCCUAUAUGUUUUGAUAAGGUUUGUAUCACAACUAAAGUGGCCAAAUAACUUCUUAAAAUUAAGCACAUUAAUCCGCUUUACAACCGGUGUAGAGCCUAACUGGCAUACAUAGGCGGCGUGUGAGUUUCAAGUUUGGGGAAGAUAAUUGUCACCAUAAAAAUGAACCUUUAUAAUAAAGCAUUACAUUCAUAAUCGCGUUUGCGGCCACUUUUGAGAAUGGUGUUUUCCCGCUAAUUAAUUGACAUUCACGCUUAUAGCCUACUGCCGUGUGCGCAUUGCUGUGCUUAUAAUGUGAAGAAAUAGCCUAAUAAUUUAUCAACAUUUUAAGAUAAACCAGGGUUCCCCAACUGGUGGUCCGUGGGUGGUUUUAUUUGGCUCCCCAGGUUUUCUGAGCAAAAAAAUACAAACUUUUUUAAUUUUUAUUAAUUGUUGGACAUAAGACUGUAAAAACACCAGGAAAUCAGCUCCAAGUGAUUUUAAUUUAAGAAGUCUGUUCCCAAGUAUUCCAACGUAUAAUAGAGCGACACGUGAUCGUAUACAAAUGUAAGCAAGGUUUGAAAUGAUUAUGUUUUAGUCAAACAUUAUAUCGGUUUGGGCUUCUUGCGGUCAAUUUGUAGUCUACAAAUGAUUUGUAAUUAUGUUCUGGCCCCCCGAACCUUCCGCUCAAGAAAAAAUUGGCCCGCGGCUUAAUCUAGUUGAUGAUCCCUGAGCUAAACGUUCUGAUCUGUUGCAUCAGCCUCAUUGCUUUAAAAAAAAUGUUUGAUGCUAGUGGUUGUAUUAAUUUGGGAUCUAUCGCAUCCCACAACUGUUCCAGACUAUGUUUGGAAUAUUUAUUUCUGGCACAGAAGGACAAGUUGUUAUACUUGUUUGUACUAUGGGGGAUAGUAGAUUGACAUAGGCUAGUGCUUUUGCUGUUUGUUAGGCCUUGUUGGCUGACGAAAAGUUCUUCCAACAUCUUCAAUAUGCGCCUCGGAAUUUGAUAAGGACGCGUGCAGUUGCGUCCCUGAUGUGUCUGUUUUAACUUGUAGCCUCUGAGAAGAACCUGAUCACGUGACGGGCAUUGGCUAAUAAGAAUUGCGAUAUCUGAUAGAGCCACGUGAGUGAGAGGUGCUUCGGAGCACUCAGCUGGGAGAAGGAAUUAUAAUUAUUAUAUUCAGCCCAAGGGCACAACGGCCACUGGCCGCAAAAGGCAUGGAUUCUUUUCAUUACGGCCACACAAAGGGGAUGCCGCCGGGAAAUUCUAGGCAUUAUCAAGUGCUUGUCAAAUUGUGAAUGAGAGACUGAUGAAGUGUGUGCAGCCUGAGCAAAAAACUAAAUAAAGCAGAGCUCAUGCCUUUCAUGCAAAAAAUAAUCAUAAUUAGUUGCAUCAAGCAGCCUUAGAAUGUAUAAAAAAAUCUAAACAUAUAGCCCAACGUUUGUAUCACAACUAAAGUUGCAUAAAUAACUCUAAAUGUAGGAGGACCUGUUUCUUUGUUAACCGCUCAACACAGAAUAGCCGCAUGUGCGCACUCCGUCAAAUUGUUUGGAGAAAAUAUCCUUUAUUUUAUUCAGCUACACUAUAUAUACAAAACUGUGGACAUCCCUUCAAAUUGGUGGAUUUGGCUAUUUCAGCCACACCCGUUGCUGAGAGGUGUAUAAAAUCGAGAACAUCGACAAACAUUGACAGUAGAAUGGCCCGUACUGAAGAGCUCAGUGACAUUCAACGUGGCACCGUCAUAGGAGGCCACCUUUUCAACAAGUCAGUUCGUAAAAUAUCUGCCCUGCUAGAGCUGCCCCGGUCAACUGUAAGUGCUGUUAUUGUAAAGUGGAAACGUCUAGGAGCAACAAUGGCCCAGCCGCGAAGUGGUAGGCAACACAAGCUCACAGAAUGGGACCACUGAAGCGCGUAAGAAUUGUCUGUCCUCCGUUGCAACACUCACUACAGAGUUCCAAACUGCCUCUGGAAGCAACGUCAGCACAACUGUUCGUCUGGAGCUUCAUGAAAUGGGUUUCCAUGGCCAAUCAGCCGCACACAAGCCUAAGAUCACCAUGCGCAAUGCCAAGCAUCGGCUGGAGUGGUGUAAAGCUUGCCACCAUUGGAUUUUAGAGCAGUGGAAACACGUUCUCUGGAGUGAUGAAUCAUGCUUCACCAUCUGGCAUUCUGAUGGACGAAUCUGGGUUUGGCGGAUGCCAGGAGAACUCUACCUGCCCGAAUACGGAGUGCCAACUGUAAAGUUUGGUGGAUGAGGAAUCAUGGUCUAGGGCUGUUGUUCAUGGUUCGGGCUAGGCCCCUUAGUUCCAGUGAAGGGAAAUCUUAAUGCUACAGCAUACAGUGCAUUCGGAAAGACCCAUUCACUUUUUCCACAUUCUGUUACAUUACAGCCUUAUUCUAGCGUUUUUUUCCUCAUCAAUCUACACACAAUACCACAUACUGACCAAGCGAAAACAGGUUUUUAGAAAUUGUAGCAAAUGUAUUAAAAAUAAAAAACAGAUUAUUAUUAUAUUAUUUACAGUAGUAAGUAUUCAGACCCUUUGCUUUGAGACUCGAAAUUGAGCUCAGGUGCAUCCUGUUUCCAUUGAUGAUCCUUGAGAUGUUUCUACAACUUGAUUGGUGUCCACCUGUGGUAAAUUCAAUUGAUUGGACUUGAUUUGGAAAGGCACACACCUGUCUAUACAAGGUCCCACAGUUGACAGUGCAUGUCAGAGCAAAAACCAAGCCAUGAGGUCAAAGGAAUUGUCCGUAGAACUCCGAGACAGGUUUGUCUUCAAUGGAAGAAGUUUGGAACCACCAAGACUCUUCCUAGAGCUGGACGCCCGGCCAAGCUGAGCAAUCGGGAGGGAAGGGCCUUGGUCAGGGAGGUGACCAGGAACCCAAUGGUCACUCUGACAGAGUUCCUCUGUGGAGAUGGGAGAACCUUCCAGAAGGACAACCAUCUCUGCAGCACUCCACCAAUCAGGCCUUUAUGGUAGAGUGGCCAGACUGAAGCCACUCCUCAGUAAAAGGCACAUGACAGCCCACUUGGAGUUUGCCAAAAGGCACCGAAAGGAUUCAGACCAUAAGAAACAAGAUUCUCUGGUCUGAUGAAACCAAGAUUGAACUCUUUGGCCUGAAUGCCAAGCGUCGCGUCUGGAGGAAACCUGGCGCCGCUCAUCACCUGGCCAAUACCAUCCCUACGGUAAAGCAUUGUGGUGGCAGCAUCAUGCUGUGGGGAUGUUUUUCAGCAGCAGGGACAUGGAGACUAGUCAGGAUCGAGGGAAAGAUGAACGGAGCAAAGUACAGAGAGAUCCUUGAUGAAAACCUGCUCCAGAGCGCUCAGGACCACAGACUGGGGCGACGGUUCACCUUCCAACAGGGCAACGACCCGAAGCACACAGCCAAGACAACGCAGGAGUGACUUCGGGACAAGUCUCUGAAUGUCCUUGAGUGGCCCAGCCAGAGCCCGGACUUGAACCAGAUCGAACAUCUCUGGAGAGACCUGAAAUUAGCUGUGCAGCGACUCUCCCCAUCCAACCUGACAGAGCUUGAAAGGAUCUGCGGAGAAGAAUGGGAGAAACUCCCCAAAUACAGGUGUGCCAAGCUUGUAGCGUCAUACUCAAGAAGACUCGAGGCUGUAAUCGCUGCCGAAGGUGCUUUAACAAAGUACUGAGUAAAGGGUCUGAAUACUUAUGUAAAUGUGAUAUUUAAGUUUUUUAAUUUUAAUACAUUUGCAAAAAUGUCUAAACCUGUUUUUGCUUCAUCAUUAUGGGGUAUUGUUUGUAAAGUGAUGAGGAAAAAAACGAUUUAAUAAAUUUCAGAAUAAGGCUGUAACGUAACAAAAUAUGGAAAAGGUCAAGGGGUCUGAAUACUUUCCAAAUGCACAAUACUUUCCCGUCCACAAAGCGAGGUCCAUACAGAAAUGGUUUGUCGAGAUCGGUGUGGAAGAACUUGACUGGCCUGCACAGAGCCAUGACCACAACCCCAUCGAACACCUUUGGGAUGAAUUGGAACGCUGACUUAGAGCCAGGCCUAAUCGCCCAACAUCAGUGCCCUACCUCACUAAUGAUCUUGUGGCUGAAUGGAAGCAAGUCACCGCAGCAAUGUUACAACAUGUAGUGGAAAGCCUUCCCAGAAAAGUGGAGGCUGUUAUAGCAGCAAAGGGGGGACCAACUCACUCUCUCUCUCUCUCACACACACACAACCUUCUCUUCCUGCCCCACUCAACCUUCUCUUCAUCCCUCCAGUCUGAAUGAGUCCAUGCCACUGGUCACCAAGCAGCUGCAGUACCUGUGGGGCAUGCCUGUGAUCCGGACGCUCUUCAGUGACGUCCUUAGCAAAAAGCUGGAGACCCAAGAGCCCACGCCUCCACCACAGCCACAGCCUACCACGUCGCAAAACAACCUGCCAGUCAAGAGUAAGUCGAAUUUGUUUUUCAGUUUCUCUUGUGUUUUCCCCCCAGGCACUUAAUUGUUUAAUGUCAAGGGUUAAUUAUUUUGACACCAUUAUCAGAUGUAUUAUCACCUGGAUUGUUGUCGAUUGAUCCAGAUAGUUGUGUUUUAAAACAAUGAACGAACCCUAUCAAUGAACUAACCUUAUCGGAUCGGUUUUCUCUUAGGUCUCUUCAAGCGGGCAUUUCAGAAGUCUGCCUCAGUGCGAAACAUCCUGAAGCCAGUUGGCGGGAGACGGGUGGACUCCGCUGAGGUUCAGAAAGUGUGCAGCAUCUGUGUACUGUACCAGACAGCCCUCACCACGCUCACCCAGAUACGACUGCAAAUCCUCACUGGUGGGUCUCUGCCUAGUUCCAUUUGACUCAGGCACAGACACACAGACACACACACACAUUAAUGUUCUCUCAUGUUGUGUCCGGUGCUGUCCCCCUCAGGCCUAACCUACCUGGACGACCUGCUGCCUAAGCUGUGGGCCUUCAUCUGCGAGCUAGGACCCCAAGGAGGGCUCAAGCUGUUCAUGGAGUGCCUGAACAACGACACAGAGGAGUCUAAGCAGCUGCUGGCCAUGCUCAUGCUGUUCUGCGACUGCUCCAGACACCUCAUCACGUGAGCUCCAUGAACUGCUACCAUAUAACUUGAUACAGUAUGGGUUGGUUUCCCAAGCAUAGAUUAAGUCCAGUCCUAGACUAAGAAGCACUUUCAAUGGAGAACCUCUUUCAGUACUAAUGUGUCCAGGAAACUAGCCCUAAAUACAAUAUCCGAUCUCUGUGCUUACUUAUACAUGUUAUUUACUGACCAUCCUUGGUGUGUUACACAGGAUCCUGGAUGACAUUGAGGUUUACGAGGAGCAGAUCUCGUUUAAGACGGAAGAGCUCGUCACCAUCUCCUCGUUUCUCAACACGUUUGUUUACAAGAUGGUCUGGGACGGCAUCUUAGGUGAGUCUCCUCCUCCCUCUGUUGAGCUCUUGUCAAACUCGAAGGCGAUUUGAUAGACAGAAUUGCCAAUCCCAGGUUCCGGCACCAUGAGAAAUGGCUUGGGGAUAGGGUAGGUGAGUGUUUGCAUUACCUUAGUGUGUUGUUGUCUGUGACAGAGAAUGCUAAGGGAGAGAAGCUGGACCUGUUCCACAGCGUUCACGGCUGGCUGAUGGUGCUUUACGAGCGGGACUGCAGGAGGAGGUUCUCCCCUGAUGACAACUGGCUGCGCAAGUAAGUGCCCCUCCGGAAACAUACUUAUCCUAAUCCCUAAUCCUUCCCAUAAUUAGAAGUCUGCACUGCCCAAUACCUGCUAAGGUGAUCCUAGUGAUCAGUAGCGGUCAAAUACUUGAGGAGCGCUUGAUGAAGCUGGCCCACUACAAUGGAACCAAUGGAAUGUUAGUGCCAACUUUGACCACCCUUUACGCCGGGCAAGCCAUAUUGGGCCCAACUCCAGUACUUGGAAGUAUUUGACUAAAUUGAAAAUUGAGGUUUUGUGUCACACACAAUACCCCAUAAUAUCAGUGGAAUUAUGUUUUUAGAAAUGUUUACAAAUUCAUUAAAAUGAGAAGCUGAAAUGUCUUGAGUCAAUAAGUAUUCAACUAUUUUCUUAUGGCAAGCCUAAAUAAGUUCAAGAGUAAAAAUGUGCUUAACAAGUCCCAUAAUAAGUUGCAUGGAUUCACUCUGUGUGCAUUAAUAGUGUUUAACAUGAUUUUUAAAGUAUUACCCCAUCUCUGUACCCCACACAUACAAUUAUCUGUAAGGUCCCUCAGUCGAGCAGUGAAUUUCAAACACAGAUUCAACCACAAAGACCAGGGAGGUUUUCCAAUGAAGGUCACCUAUUGGUGAAAAAAAAAAAAAAAAAGCAGACAUUUAAUAUCCCUUGGAGCAUGGUGCAGUUAUUAAUUACACUUUGGAUGGCGUAUCAAUACACCCGGUCACUACAAAGAUACAGGCGUCCUUCCUAACUCAGUUGCCGGAGAGGAAGGAAACUGCUCAGGGAUUUCAUCAUGAGGCCAAAGGUGAUUUUAAAACGACAUUGUAGUUACUCCUAAUGCUAACCUAAUUGACAGAGUGAAAAGAAGGAAGCCUGUACAGAAUAAAAUAUUUCCAAAACAUGCAUCCUGUUUGCAAUAAGCCACUAAAGUAAUACUGCUAAAAAUGUGGCAAAGAAAUGCACUUUUUGUCCUGAAUACAAAGUGUUAUGUUUGGGUUAAUUCCAACACGACACAUCUGAGUACCACUCUUCAUAUUUUCAAACAUGGUGUUGGCUGUAUCAUGUUAUGGGUAUGCUUGUCAUCAGCAAGGACUAGGGAGUUUUUUUAGGAAAAAAAUUAAUGGAAUAGAGCUAAGCACAGGCAACAUCCUAGAGGAUGACUUUGUUCGGUCUGCUUUCCAACAGACACUGGGAGACAAAUUCACCUUUCAGCAGGACAAUAACCUAAAACCACAAGGCCAAAUAUACACUGGAGUUGCUUACUAAGACGACAUUGAAUGUUUCUGAGUGGCCUAGUUACAGUUUUGACUUAAAUCUGCUUGAAUAUCUAUGUCAAGACUUGAAAAUGGCUGUCUAGCAAUGAUCAACAACCAACUUGACAGAGCUUGAAGAUUUUUUGAAUAUGCAAAUAUUGUACAAUCCAGGUGUGCAAAGCUCUGAGAUUUACCCAGAAAGAAUAACAGCUGUAAUGAAUUGACUCAGGGGGUUGAAUACUUAUCUAAUCAAGAUAUAUUAGUGUUUUAUUAUCCAUAAAUUUUAAUAUUUUAAAAUAAUAUUUCUUCCACUUUGACAUUAGUAUUUUGUGUAGAUCGUUGACCCAAAAAAUACAAUUAAAUCCACUUUAAUCCCACUUUGUAACACAACAAAAUGUGGAAAAGGUCAAGGGGUGAAUACUUUCUGAAGGCACUGUAUUUGUCCCAGGUCUGAUCUGUAGGAGACAAUUGUGAUGUUGGAAAAGGUACACUCACUGACUCACUCGUUCACCCCUUGUGUCCAGGGAUCUGAAGCCGAGCCUUUUGUUCCAAGAACUGGAGAAGGGCAAGAGGAGAGCUCAGCUGUUACUUCAGUACAUCCCACACGUCAUUCCACACAAAAACGUGAGUCGGCACAGAAAUCAUAUUGAUCUGUAGUUGUAGUUUCACUAUACCCAAUAUGCACGUAGUGUCUCACUCCCAUUCGUCGUCCUCCCCACUUCAGAGGGUCCUGCUGUUCCGGAACAUUGUCACCAAGGAGAAGGAAACCUUGGGAUUGGUGGAGACCAGCUCCGCCUCUCCGCAUGUCACCCAUAUCACCAUUCGCCGCUCGCGGAUGUUAGAGGUAUGAAAUGGAUGUAUCGAGCUUUUGCAUGUUUUCCCCCACACUAGCAUAUCUCUCUAAGAAUGCAUUCUCAAAACAGUGGUAUGCAUGGGUACAUAUUGGCACAGAGCCUGAUGUCAAAUACAGUCAGGUAUGGUGGCUGUGACUGCAGCCCAAACUGAUCACCCAAACUCUUUGUGUCUGAACUCUCUCUUAAGGAUGGUUACGACCAGCUCCGCCGGUUGCCCGUCAACUCCAUCAAAGGUGUGAUCCGCGUGAAGUUUGUCAAUGACCUGGGUGUGGACGAGGCCGGCAUCGACCAGGACGGCGUCUUCAAGGAGUUCCUGGAAGAGAUCAUCAAGAAAGUCUUCAAUCCGGCACUCAACCUCUUUAAGGUUUGCUCUCCAGACCUUGCUUCAAAUACUUUUUGAAAUAAUUUUGUUAUACUGUAUCUGUGCUUGAUGGAGCUUGCCUGUUGUACUGGAACCAAUAGACAAGUCUCAAAAGUGCAUACCCUGUCCACCUGGCACCACCUGGCUAAAGCUAACGGUCAUAGUCUUUGAAAGAUUUCAAAUAGUCUCUCAAGGUACUUUUAGCCAUUUUCUGUGAACAAUGCUGCUACUACUGCUGCUGAUUUUGCUGAUGUCUCUCCCCCCCCCCCCCCAAUAGACCACCAGUGGCAACGAGAGACUGUACCCCUCCCCUACGUCCUACAUCCACGAGAACCACCUGCAGCUCUUUGAGUUUGUGGGGAAGAUGCUCGGCAAAGCCAUGUAUGAGGUGUGUCUGCGCUCACAGAGGAUGUUAUUCAUGUGAAAUGACCAUAUAUGUAACAAGAAUGACUCAUUUUAAAGCCACAAGCCCAACUCGCCACUUUUUCCCCUAUAAUGCUGAUGGAUGGGUCUGGAGAAAUGUAACCACAAUUUAUAGAUGGAGCUAUCGAUGCAAAGCCUGAUAGUCCAUGAGAUCAAUGUGUGUGUGUUUCAGGGUAUCGUGGUAGACGUACCCUUCGCCUCCUUCUUCCUCAGCCAGGUCAUGGGUCACCACCACAGCACCUUCUACAGCUCCAUCGACGAACUGCCCUCCCUGGACUCUGAGUUCUACAAGAACCUCACCUCCAUCAAGGUCAGAAAGACCCCCCCCCCCACACACACACACACACUGAUAGUCAUGUAGUCCCUGGGAUCGUGUUCAUUACAGCACGCAACGGAAAACGUCUCAAAACAAUUUGCAACUGAAAAUGAAAGGGAGCGUUUCUUAUUGUAUAAGUCCAGGUGGUCCUUUCUCCCUGUUUCAGUCUGUUUUAUUCCGCUUGGUGCCUGAUGAACACGACCCUGGUUUAUGGUUACCGCUAUUUUGAUUUGCGAAGUUGUUUUUGCUUUGCUGUUAUCCGUCGCUACUUUCUGUGAUCAAUAUCACUCCAAGUUGUGGAAGUCGACUCAAAAUAGUUGUUUUAUCUUCGUCUUGUCCUUUUCCAGCGCUACGACGGGGAUGUUGGUGAUCUGGGACUGACGCUAUCGUAUGACGAGGAUGUUAUGGGACAGGUAGAAGCUAUAGUUUUUUUCUGAAUGUAGAAAAACAGAACUCUACUCUCGUCUCUUAAUACUGUCUUCGUGUCAUCGCAGCUGGUCUGUCAUGAGCUGAUUCCUGGAGGAAAGACGAUGACGGUCACCAAUGAAAACAAGUGAGCAAGAUGCAGAUUCAGUAUCUAGAACAAACAUUUAUUGAUGUCAUUUUGAUGUUCACACCCUUGUUCACUAAAUACAAUAUUUAUUUAUUGUCCAGGUAGUUAUAACAAGUUGGGUUGGAUGAUGACAUGGGUCCCGUCCAGAAACAACCCCUAACCCGGCCCUUUGACACUUCUGGAGAUCUGAUAGGUAUAAGCAAUAUGGUGUAUGUCCUACCAAGCCUAUCACAGGGCAAGGUAAAUGUACUAGCAUAUUCCUUAUUAUACCUAUCAAAACCUUUCAGUUCUCCACAAGUACCUAGGCAGGAAGGGCUGGAUGGUUGUUUCUAGACAGGCCCAGGGUUCUCCCCAAAGAAUGCUCCAUUCUGUCCUCCACUAUGAAAAAAUAAAAAAGGAAAUGUUUGGCUCUAGAUUGCAGGAAAUGGCAGUUAUAGGUGUUAAAACAAUUCUCAAAUCUCACUGCCCCCCGCCGGGUCUCGCCCUGCAGUACUCGGCAACACCACCUUGUUAAAAAAUGCUGGGGAGAACCCUGAGACCCAUGGUGUUCCGAGUCUGACUUAAACUCACCUUUGACCUUCCCCGUGCUGCAGGAUCAGCUACAUCCACCUGAUGGCGCACUUCCGCAUGCACACGCAGAUAAAAGAGCAAACGGCAGCUUUCAUCCGAGGGUUCCGCAGCAUCAUCAACCCGGAGUGGCUGCACAUGUUCUCCACUCCCGAGGUCCAGCGCCUCGUCUCCGGGGACAACGCCGAGAUAGACUUGGACGACCUCAAGUGCGUGACCUUCGACCCUCUUUUCCCCCGAUCAGCUCCUCCACUUGACAGCUUUUCGACCUGCCAGUUCCCAAACAUUUGAGGGAAAUCCUGAAAUCCUAGUAUCCACCGUGUCCAAAUGGUUUGAAUGUCCCAUUUGAUUGGGUAACAGACAAUGAGUUGACUGUAAGGUUGUAAAGCCAAGGUGAAGGUGCUUGCUGACAUGGUCUCUCUCACUCUCUCUUUCCUGCCCUCUUUCUUUUUCUUUCUCUCGCUCUGUCUGUCUCUCUGUCUCUGUCUUUCUCUCUCGCUCUCUCUCUCCUGUUGGCAGGAAACACACAGUGUACUAUGGAGGUUUCCACAGCAGCCAUCGGGUCAUCAUCUGGCUGUGGGACAUCCUGUCCAGUGACUUCUCCUCUGAGGAAAGGGCCAUGUUCCUCAAGGUAAUAACAACCCCCAAAUGUUACUAUACUGAACAAAGAUAUAAACGCAACAUGUAAAGUGUUGGUCCCGUGUUUCAUGAGCUGAAAUAAAAGAUCCCAGAAAUGUUCCAUACGUACAAAAAGCGUAUUUUUCUCAAAUCUUGUGCACAAAUUUGUUUACAUCCCUGUUGGUGAGCAUUUCUCCUUUGCCAAGAUAAUCCAUCCACCUGGCAGGUGUGGCAUAUCAAGAAGCUGAUUAAACAGCAUGAUCAUUACACAGGCGCAUCUUGUGCUGGGGACAAUAAAAGGCCACUCUAAAAUGUGCAGUUUUGUCACACAACACAAUGCCACAGAUGUCUCAAGUUGAGGGAGCGUGCAAUUGGCAUGCUGACUGCAGGAAUUUCCACCAGAGCUGUUGCCAGAGAAUUUAAUGUUUAUUUCUCUACCAUAAGCUGCCUCCAAUGUCGUUUUGUAGAAUUUGGCAGUACAUCCAACCAGCCUCACAACCGCAGACCACGUGUAACCAUGCCAGCCCAGGAUCUCCACACCCAGCUUCUUCACCUGAUGGAUCGUCUGAGGAGUAUUUCUGUCUUUAAUAAAGCCCUUUUGUGGAGGGAAAAACUCAUUUUGAUUGGCUGGGCCUGGCUCCCCAGGCCCACCCAAGGCUGCGCCCCUGCCCAAUCAUGUGAAAUCCAUAAAUUAGGGCCUAAUGAAUUCAUUUCAAUUGACUGAUUUUCAUUCUAUGUACUGUAACUCAGUAAAUUCUUUGAAAUUGUUGCAAUUUGCGUUUAGAUUUUUGUUCAGUAUAAAAUGUUAUUUUACUGUUCAUGCGUUAACUGCAUUACGCCGGCUUGCGGGGCUGCCAGUUUGAGACCCCUGCUCUAGAACGCACUUACACUUGUAUAGACCUGUUAUGGGAUCGUCCUUUGUUGUUGUUCUACUUUUACAGUUUGUCACCAGCUGUUCAAGACCACCCCUCCUGGGUUUUGCCUACCUCAAGCCCCCUUUCUCCAUUCGCUGUGUGGAGGUGUCCGACGAUCAGGUGAGAACACUUGGAUCAUUGGAAAGUCUUAAGCCAGAUGUUUAUACAGUACGCGACACCAGCACGCCUAUUACUCUCCAUUACACUUUGGCCUUUUAGUUGAAGAACAUAGCUUUGGGAAGUCAGUCCCUUGGGAUUACUUUGGUUCUCUGUGGGUUUAUGUGUGUGCGCUCCUGUCGCCUGUCUCUCUCUAGGACACGGGGGACACCCUGGGAAGUGUCCUGCGGGGUUUCUUCACCAUCCGGAAGAAGGAGCCUGGCGGUCGCCUCCCCACCUCGUCCACCUGCUUCAACCUGCUCAAGCUGCCUAACUACAGCAAGAAGAGCAUCCUGCGUGACAAGCUCCGCUACGCCAUCAGUAUGAACACAGGUUUUGAGCUCUCCUAA